AUGACGUACAAUCUCUCCUAUCCUGGUCAGCGAUGUAUUAUCGAGUUUCUUGAGGCGAAUAAAAGAAUUCGUCUCGUCUCCCGCAGCCCAGCUCUCCAACAAGCGGAAAAGUCGAUACCAUUCAAUUUGAACCAUGUUCAUAUUGCUUCGGAUGCUUUGACAUUGAACAAUAUCAGUAUGGUAAUUAUCCCUACAACAGAACAAAUCCCUGAGAACGACCCUCGAUAUGAGAGUAGACCUGCCGAGGUUAGAAUGCAACUUGGAUUUAUCAGAUCAGGACACUCUGACUCAGUAUGGCACCGCAAGUUUAAAGAAGUUGUUUUCUUUAGAAAUAGAGAACGGAUUGCUAGCAGACCUAUCCCUGAGAACGUAAAGGAUUACAUAGCACUAGAAAAGUUGAACCAGAUUAUGUUGGGAGGAAGGAAGGAUAUUCGAGUGAAUACGCUGGAAUUGCAAACUUACGGUUCUCGAGUUAUUCUUCGGUUACCUGAAGGGUUGAAUUUACGGAUUAACGGACUUGACACAAAUACAGUAGACUUCAAAUACUACCUUCCGCUCAUCGAUGCAUCUAGUUUUCCGCUGAAGAAACUGAAAAUCCCUUUCCUUGGAUCAGAAGCCUUUGAACAUCCAAUUGUUCAAAAUUCUGACUGUUUAACCAUUAACGAACUACUUUUAAUCAAUGAUACUAUUCCAUUAAAUGAUAUAAGAAAGCUCACCAAUAAAACUGUUGUAAUUCAGCACAGUAAAAUGAGAAUAGAAGAGAUGAUGACACUCAUCAGAAAUUGGUUGAGUGGCGAGAAGUCGAUUGGAACAACUUUAAUGUUGGAGAAGUAUUUCGUGCCGAUUAAUCAGGCAAUAUUCAGGUCUAUCAAGGAAACAUAUGAGGAGUUUGAAGAUGACUUGGAAAAUGUUGAAGAGAAUUUCCUUCCAAACUGUCCUCGCUUUUGUAUUCCUAUCAACAAUAUGUCAAAUCUUUUGGUUUAUGGAGUCGACAGAGGAAUUGUUAACAACAAUCGGCCAGCUUCAGCAUUUGUUAUGAAAGUAGUUGCGACGAAUCCAGAAGUGAUUCCAGGCAAUUGUCAAUUCGAGGAUGGUGCCCCACUUAUUCUCCCGUCUAUGAUCUUUGUAUUGUUUGCCUUCUCAUAUUUCUGUGCUCCGAGCACUAGUCCAUGA